CACAUUACACAUUUGAUAAUGACAGCUAGGGUCGUUUCAUUGUCAAUCCGCCCUAGUUCUAUUCACCGUUAACACCAAAAUUUACAUUCAAAUCAUCAAAUCACCAUCAAGUAAUAUGUAUGUAAAAUUGUGAAUGAAACUCGCCACAACUCCAAUCUUAGAAAUUGUUUAUUCAUGUUCCAUCAGAAGGAAGGGUCAAGGUGAUAAUGAGUGCUCUGGCGAUCUGAAGAACUCAGGUUGGAAGCGAAUUACAAGGGAGCUUCGAAACAUUUGCUUAAACCUUUCACUCCUCCCGGCGGUCAGCGGUCGGCUGCUGAACUCCAAUUCGGGACCUAUGCUGAGACAUCAGAUUAGGGUGGUAAAGAAAGAGAUCGCUCAUAGUAUGAUGAACCAUGAGAAUGCUCGUGUUCUCUGGGACGAGCUGGAGAAUUGCUUUGGGAAGCCUAAUGCUCUUCAUAUCAUCAACCUCGGAGAUGACAUCCAUGCCUGCAAAUAAGGCUCUCGCACUAUCACUUAGUAUUAUACUGAUAUCAAGGGGUUGUGGGAGGAGUAUAUGCAAUUUUCCCCCAUAGUGCCCUGCACUUGUUUGCCUGGUAACCCUAAUGUUGGUGGUGCGGUUGAAGCCUUUAAGCAUAAGCAUGAAUCAGAUUAUUUGCUUCGUUUUCUUCGGGGUCACAACAAAGAUUGUGAAGUUGUUAAAACCCAACUAUUGAUGAUGAAGCCCCUACCCACAGUCACUAUUGUGGUGGAUGAUCUUCUGCAGCAUGAACAUAAAAUGAAGGGUGAGUCUCAUGGUGUUAAGGGCAGUCAAACUGUUUCUCUUGCUGCUGGUCAAGAGCAUCUCCGGGGCAAGUAGAUUUGGCAAAUUACAUCCCAACCCAUUGACCCGACCCGAAUUUGCCCAAAAAAUAGGAAUUUUUAUAACCCAAAUGAGCCGAACCCGAUUAACCCAUGAUUUUUUUGGUCGGGUUGGGUGGACUAGCGGGUCGACCCGUUUCAUUUCAUAUGUAACUCCCAAAAUGAAAAAAUCACACAUAAAUUGGUGAGAUGUUUAAAAAAUUCACAAGUAAUUGAAAGACAUGUUUGGAGUUUAAGGAUAAUCAAAUAUCAUGAGUCUCUUGUAGUAGUAUUACUCUUGUGAUUGUUUUUUGACGAUCUGUGCAAUUCAUAUGUCAUUUCAUUAGCAUGGGAGGAUUUGAGAAAAAUGUUAAUUGACAUGUGUUAGGUAAACUAUUGCCAUGCAUAUGUGAAUAUUUAAUUUUUUUAAAAAAAAUUAUGAAGCAUGUUUGAUAUUGUUUCUGAGAGCGCUCAUAACCCGAAACGAGCUGUAACCCGACCCAAAACCGAAUGGGUUGGGUCAAUAUUUGUCCCGAAAUUAGCCAACCCGUAAUGUGAAACCCCAAGCCGAAAUUACCCAACCAGACCUGAUUGCCAAGUCUAGGGGCAAGCAUGAUACCAGUGUUCCUAAUUUGUUUUGCAAGUAUUGUAAACGCACUGAUCACGUUAUUAAUGACUGCUGGAAGUUGAAGAAGAAGGAGAAGGACAAGGCUGCUGCUUGCUGGCUUUGCUAGUUUCGUUUCUCAAGACAGUCACUCUUCUGAUAGUAUCAGCACUGUUUCAUAUGGUAGCUCCAAUCCAUCUCAGUCUGCUCUUACCUUUUCUCCUGAAGAAUUUUCUCUCCUUAAGAGUAUCCUCCAGUUUGCUGGUGAUUCUGGAUCUCAGUCUCCUGGUUCUCCUCGCAUCACUCCCAAGGCAUUCUCAUUUUCACAACUCUUACCAACAUUCCCCAAUCAUGUUGGUCAGUAUAUAUUUUCCUCUCAUUAUGACUGGAUCAAUCUAUUUUGAAUGCCAAUUGGAUUUUGGAUACCAGGGCCUCUGGUCACAUCACAUGUAGUCUUAUACAUUUCCUUGCUUAUAUUGUUGUGACCAAUUCUUUUGUCUAUCUGCCCAACAAUUCUAAAGUCCUUGUUAGUCACAUUGGUGUCAUUAAACUCCCUUAUGGACUUCUCUUACAAAAUGUGUUGUUGGUUCCUAGUUUCACCUUCAACUUGAUUUCAGUUAGUAAGUUGACUAGAGACUUACCUGUUUUGCUGCAUUUUCAUUUUGAUGUAUGUGAAAUUUAGGACCAACAGACUCGGUCGGCCAUUGGUUUGGCAAACCAAAGUAGAUGCCUACAUCAUCUUUCCAAUACCACUUUUCCAGCUCAAUCUUCUCUCAAUUCCCAGACUGCUACUCUUUACACCUUCAUCCUCAAGAUGUCAACCUGUGGCAUUGGCGUUUAAGUCAUCUUAGCAAAGAUAGAUAUCAGUUACUUAACAGCCUGUUUGUAUAGGCAAAAAACUCAAGAAUUGGAAUUCCAUUUCCAAUUUCAAUUCCAUAUUUUAUGUUUGGAAUGAUAAGAAGAUUGAGAAAUGAAUUCCAUUUAACCUA